AUGCCAAAGAAACUUCCUAGGAAAAGAUCGGGACCACAAAAGCAAAAGAAUUCUCGUAGCUUAGGUCUCUUAGACACAGCAGCUCACACCAAGAACAAUUACCUAUCUCCUUCCGGGGGGGCUCAACCUGAAAUUGAAGUCCGUGUCGGUUUCUCUGGUCCGCAGGGGAAUCUUCAGCCUCAUAUGGCCGAAAAUUAUGUUCCUUCCAAUAUUUCUGGGAAUCUACGCCGCAUAAUCUAUGAGUUUGGCCCUUAUUAUGCACAGCCAAAUAUGAGGCAGGUAGAUGAGAGUGAUGCAGAUGUCAACAUGCAAUCCCAUAUUGAGCCGGCGCAGCACAACAGUACUCAAGGUGAUAAGAGUCAGUGCGGCAAAGAAGCUGCGUCCGGGUUGUGCUGUGCCUGUUCACAAUUGCUGGAAGGUAAAUCCUGCGUGAUGUUUGUCGAGCCCCGAAAUGCAAAGGAUAAGACUUUCGGUGAUGUUUGUGGCAAUAUUGGUGUAGGCAAUUUCAUUGGCAUUGCUGGGUUCGCCUCUGUGGCCAUUGGGAUUGCCGCGAGAAUGGUUUCCCGCCUUAUUGUUAAGUGAUGCUUUCUCAAGCUUGACGCUGUUUUGGUUACUGCUGAUGAAGUGAUGUCUUUAUCACACUUUUCUCUUGAUGGAUUUUGCUACCAUUUCCCAGUUACGUUGCUGUUAUAUGUCCAAUGAUAUCCUAUCUCCUGUCUUGUUCUUCUAUUUGUCCUUUUCUUGAAUUUUGAUGCCAUCUUAUAGCCCACAAGUGCCGUUCCUCCACCCAUUACAUUGGUGCUUUUGCUGCUCUUGUCACAUGCGAUGUUGUCUUAUAACUGACAAAGUGUUUAUUCCUCCUAUUUUCUCUUGAUCAGUUACACCAUUACCUUUCCCCAAGUUUGGUGCUACUCUACGAUCUACACUAAUGUUGUUCGCUGGCCUGAAGAAGAUUCACAGAAUUCAUGAGAUAUUUAAAAUAACUG